UCACAGUAAGACAACCACUAUGCGAUUAUUUUCCAAAAUUUUAUUUUUGUUGUACUUCCAUUUGGAAAAUGUAUCAAGUUCAUUGCAAAUAGAUAAAACAUUUUUGUUAAAACCCAAAAGCCUUCCAAGUGACUUAAAUUUCAUGCCUUCUUUGUCAAACGGACACUUGGGUUUUACGAUCUUUGGUGAUGCCAUCUAUAUGAAUGGUGUUUAUAAUGGCCAAAAGGGUAAUAGUCGCCGGGCACGUUUACCAAACUGGCUAAAUAUCACAGCUGGUAUUUUAAAUACUCAAACUAAAACCUAUUUUCAACCGGAUAAUAUUGAAUACACAAUGAACUUGUAUGAGGGUGUGUAUGAAUGGAUGGAAUAUUAUAAACUUUUUAACUUGGUUUUGAAGCAGAGAGUUUACGCUCAUCGUUAUUUUAAUAGGGCCUUAAUAUGUGAGAUAAUAGUAUUAAGAGAAACGGCACCAGAACCUAUAACCAUUGAACUACAUCAAUAUCCUGGAUCAAAUACUCAAGCCUUUGAUGUAGUAAACGAAAACUCCAAUGUAGCUAACAUAAAAAUGGUCCGAGCUACAACUAAAGAGGUGGAAAAUGAAUAUCUCCAACUAAACCGCACUAGCAUUUACGUGGCAUUUAGUGAUACCUUUCCGGAAAAUAAGAAAAUCUUUAAACUGAACUCUGGUCAAAAGUCUUUAUAUUAUAGAUUUGUAUUAACAGCUGAUUUAGACAAAUCAGUAGCUUUGAAGGAAAUAGAAAAUGUUCUUAGUUUAACCAAGCAAGAUCUGCUUGAAAAACACACGUCUAGAUGGCAGCAGUUUUGGAAUGAUUUUCAAAUAAAAGUGGAAGGUAAUCUAGAAUUGUCUAAAAUCAUCAAUGCUGGCAUAUUUUACAUGGGCAGCUGUUUGCCUUCUUUGGAGACUAAUCAGAAAAAUAACCUCUACUUUGGCUUAAGUCCCACUGGUUUAGGGCGUGGUCAAUUGGAUGCUGACUAUGAGGGUCAUAAUUUUUGGGAUACUGAAAUAUGGAUGUUGCCAGCUGUAACACAACUACAACCUCUUUGGUCACAAGAACUUUUCAAAUAUCGUCUGGAUCACUUGCAAGGUGCUCUAUAUAAUGCCAAUAAAACGGGAUACACAGGAGCAAGAUUUCCUUGGGAAAGCGCUUAUACUGGCACAGAAGCCACCAAUCCAUGUUGCCCUGAAGUGGCCACGCAGGAAAUACACAUUUCAGCUGAUAUUGCAGUUGCUUUGCAACAGUUUUACGCAACCACCUACAAACGUGACUGGCUGUGUAGCACAGCCUGGCCACUGGUUCGUGAGAUAGCGACAUUUCUGCAAAGUCGUGUGACUUGGCAGAAAGAAACAAAACAGUAUCAUAUUCAAAAUGUCAUGGGUCCUGAUGAAGAUCAUGAGAACGUUGACGACAAUGUCUAUACAAAUGUGGUGUUUAAAAAAGCUUUGGAAUUUGCCAGAUUCACCCAUUUAACAUGCGACCCUAAUGCAAAUGUAUCCUCUAUGGAUUGGUUAAAUAUAGCCAACAAUAUUUUUAUUUUGUAUGACAAUGCUAGGGAUUAUCAUCCCCAACAUUUGGGCUAUAAGCCAGGCGAUCUAGUAAAACAAGCCGACACCAUAUUAUUGGGUUAUCCGUUACAAUAUCCCAUGCAAAAUUCAACACAUUUCAAUGACUUGUGUAUGUACGAAAAUGUAACUCGCCACUCGGGUCCAGCUAUGACUUGGUCUAUGUUUUCCAUAAACUAUUUGGAUGUUGGUUUGACUACGAAAGCUGCAGCUUAUUUUGAAAUGGCUUACACAAAUUAUGUACGACCAGAAUUUAAGGUUUGGAGUGAAACUAAAAUUGGUUUUCAAGGGUCUGCUAACUUUCUUACCGGCAUUGGAGGAUUUUUGCAAACAAUCAUUCAUGGUUAUGGUGGCAUAAGAUUUCAAUUAGAAAAUAAUUCAGCAAAAAUGUUAAUCAAACAAACUAAUUCAAUGCCCAAUACCAAGCAAUUAACCAUCAAAGGUAUUAAAUUCGCAAACUCCUCAUUUGAGUUAAAAAUAGUAAAAUCUGGAGAGAAUACCCUGAAAUUAUUAAAAUUGGGUGAUCAACCUUUAGAAAUAAUAAUUGGAACGAAUAACAAAGCCUCAAAUUUAUAUGAAGGAUUUUCAAUUCAAUUCCAAACUGAAUUCAUAAUUAUACAAACUAUAACAAGAGUAGCCAAAAAUAAAUGAAAAAGUAUGUAUGUAUGUAUAUAAUAUAUAAAUCUUACAUAAAUAUUAUAAUUAUAAAAAAAAAAAUGUUUAAAUUGCAAGUGACACAUAUAAUAAUAUGAAACUGAUAUAAUCUAGAUAAGUUGCUAAGUUAUGGUCACAUUGCCCAAAUAGACUUAACGUGACCAUAUUUUUAUUAUGGAGAGCAAGUUUUAUGGUAAAAAGUAAGUUAAAAAAUGACUAUUGCAAAUAAACUGUGUAUGUAUGGGGGUUUAUUUUUGGUUAAAUUCAAAUUCCAGCAGAUCAUUACCGAAAAUAU